AUGUGGCUGUGUAUACGGACGACUUUGGUUGUCCUUUCCGCUGCCGAUGUAAAUGUUUGCUCAAAAAGUGCGUUGCCGUAUCUCUUCAACUAUCGGACACAAUUCUACAAUUUAGAGAUCGAGAGGCUUCAAUAUCAGUUAAGCAAAGACUUCGUGGCUCUGAGCGGAAUAGGAUUUUUCUUCUUAACAAAGUCGCUGUUAUUACAGAUGGCUGGAGCGGUCGUCACAUACGAGUUGGUGCUAAUUCAAUUUGACGACCCUGAAAAUAAUUCUACGAACAGUACAAUGCAU